CGCACGGACGCCAGCGUCGAGCGCUUUCGAGUUUCGAGACGUUAAGGCCGACACUCGCGUCGCGCACCUCGGCCCGACGACGUCGCCUGUGAACGCGGAGGCACACGUGCGUAGUCGACGACAGGUCGACCUGGUCGAGCAGCGACUCCUCUCCCCCGCGGCGAAAGCUACGAUCGCGCGGUAGGCUUUUCUGAGUCGGGGGGUGAUCGCGCUCCGCGCGAACCACGUUCACUACGCUCUCUACGAUCGAGGCACAACCUCGGUGAAGUGUCUCGUGGUUCGUAAACGACCAUGAGAACGACGUGGACGACCGAUCCUGCCGAUCUCGUAUUUCGUCGCGCCCGUCGUCCGAGAGAGUCGUGAGAGAGCUGCCUUCCAACCCCCCUCCAACCUCGCGACACGUGUCUCGCGACAGUUGUUAUGUGUAUGCCGCGGCGGGAAGGAGGGUGAAUUAUCGCGGAGCACGCGAGUGAGACUGAGACGUCUGGGAGUCCCCUCUGUGAUCUGCCUCGCUGGUAGGUGUCCGACAAGUUCCUCCGAUGCGUCUUUGGUCGGGGGGUGUAAGUUGCACGUGGUGGGAACUCGACGAUCUCUGACAAGAGCCUCGCGGCGGACCGGACAGGGAGCUGCGCGCGUCAGUCAGCUAGAAGAGCGAGAAGGAGCGAGGGGAUAUUCAUCGUCGAGACGAGUGGCCCGUCUGGCCAAGGUUACGGACGACGAGGAUCAUGAAGAAAUCGUACUUCAUCUUCAUAUGCCUGCUAGGCCUCGUCGUGAGCGACAACAGCACGAUCGGCGAUCACUCGAUCACAGAGGACGUCUCGGAAAUCAGCAACACUGGCAACGAUCUCGCCGCCGACGUCGUAGAUCAGAGUGUCGGAUGGGGAGAAUGGUCACCAUGGUCUAAGUGGUCGCCAUGUACGAGGACGUGCGGUGGCGGGAUUGCACGGCAGCAGCGUCGAUGCAGACGGAAACCGUGUAAAGGCCGGGUCUGGACCACCAAGUAUAAAAUCUGCAAUCCGGAGCCCUGCGAGGAAUCGAGCGAUUUUCGCGCGACACAAUGCGCCGACUUCGACAAUGUGCCGUACAGCGGACAACUGCUCAAAUGGUAUCCGCAUUACGACCCGGCUAGGCCGUGUUCUUUGAUCUGCCGCGGCGUGCAAACCCCCGAGAACGGCAUUAGGCGGCUGCGGCAGGAAGCGUCGGACGAGAAGGCGAUGUCGCGCGACGCCACCGACGCCCUGCAAUUCGACGGUGACGAGACGAUAGUGGUGCAACUGGCGGAUAAGGUGGAGGACGGCACGAGAUGUUAUUCGGACGGCACGGACGUAUGCAUCGCCGGCGAGUGCAUGAAGGUCGGCUGCGACCUUAGAGUUGGCAGCAACAAGAACACGGAUGCGUGUGGCGUGUGCGGAGGGAAUGGAUCAAGCUGCCAAUCGCGAUACUUCUGGAGUUUGGAAUCGAUAUCCGCCUGCUCCAAGUCCUGCGGUGGAGGUUUCAAGAGAGCGGUGGCAGUGUGCAGAUCGGUCGGCGCCGACGAGAGUGUCGUGGAGGACAGCUAUUGCGAUACAAACGGCAGGCCGGAGAAGACCCUAAUGCCGUGCAACACGCACCCCUGCACAACCAAAUGGAUAACCGGGGAAUGGAAUGUGUGCAGUGCGAGCUGCGGCGGUGGCUCGCGAACGAGGUCCGUCUUCUGCGCCGAGGAGAAUGGGAACGAAACCAUCAAGCUGGCCGACCACAAGUGCAGCGGCACGCACAAACCGCGCACUCAGGAGAGCUGCAACACCGUGUCCUGCCCUAUGUGGGAGACCGAUAAAUGGAGCGAGUGCUCCGUGACCUGCGGCGUUGGAGUGCGAACGAGGGCGAUCGAAUGCAGAGACGGUGUUGGCGCUAUCUCCGGGGAUUGCGACCCUGCGGAACGUCCUCAUACCGAACAGGAAUGCAAGACGAAUGUCGCCUGUUCCACAUAUGGAGACGGUAUGACGCUGCCCUUGGUGCAGCCAUAUCCGCUGUCCCAAGUGUCGGAGAAGCUGACGGACCAGCCGGUGCCUUCCGAAUCGACGUUCAUCGCCGAGGAGUGGUCGCCCUGCAGCGUCACCUGCGGCGAGGGCGUCAGGCAUCGGGAAGUGCACUGCAAGAUAUACCUCGAGUUCAGCCGAACUAUCGCCAUGUUGCCGGACAAACAGUGCACCGGCCCGAAACCCAUCGAGACGGAGACGUGCAUGAUGCAGUCGUGUGGCCUGUUGGAAAACAGCCUGCCCUUCGGGAUCGACACGGUCGACGACGGCGGGUACUCCGAAUCGAGCUUGAUAGGCUCGUCGUAUAGAUCAUCACUGGGUAGUUCCGGCGGAAGCAGCUACGACAGCGGCAUCAAAGUCGCUCCAGGGAGCGACGUGCAGACGACAUACUCGUGGAAGGAAGCUGGCUACACCCCCUGCAGCGCCACUUGCUUAGGAGGUGUUCAGGAUCUUAUCAUAAACUGCGUGCGCGACGAUACCGGGAAAACCGCGAUGCCGCUUCUGUGCGCCGCCGAGACGAAACCCGAGGCGAGGAUACGAGUCUGCAACGACCAUCCGUGUCCUCCCAGGUGGAACUAUAGCGAAUUCUCCACUUGCAUGAGCCCUUGCGGUAUCGGUAUACAGACACGUGACGUUACCUGUAUUCACGAAGUGACACGCGGCAGCGGCAAGACCGUGCCCGUCCCAAAUUACAUGUGUCCGCAACCGCCACCCGCCGACAGACGAUACUGCAACGUCUGGGAUUGCCCUGUCAAAUGGAGCACGGGAGAAUGGGAGAAGUGCUCUAAAUCGUGCGGCGGUGGUGUGAAGAAACGAAAGGUAGUCUGCGAACAGAUCAUGGCACAGGGUCGCAAGCAAAGUCGCGAGGAGCGCGAGUGUCCAGCGCAAAAGCCAGCCAGCGAGAAACCCUGCAACACCAGGGCGUGUCGUGAAUCGGACUCGAGCGUGCCGCCGAUAAUCACCAGCUCGAACACGACGUACAAUCAAACGGACAUCAACGCGAAGGUGGACCUGAGGAUCGGCGGGGUCGCUAAGGUCUUUCAAGGGACGGGCUCCGUAAAGAUUCGAUGUCCCGUUAGGAAAUUCGACAAAGCGCAGAUCCUAUGGACGAAGGACAACAAGGAAAUACGAAAGUCGAGGAAAUACAAGAUCAGCAGGAAGGGCGCAUUGAAGAUAAUAGAAAUAGGGUCUUCGGACUCCGGUGUCUACGCGUGUAUUGCGGGGAGUUCGCGCGCGGAGACGCAAUUGAUAGUGAAAUUUCGCUCCAAAGAGCAGAUAAGUAGCGAAGAAUAUUUACGGCUCGGCAAUUCCGUUCAACUACAACGGAACGCGAAUCUCGACUCCGCGCCGGCAAACUCGGGCGAGAGCCUCUACACCGAUCGUGCAGCAGCCUACGGCAACCGUUUCGACAGCGAGGACAUCAGCCACGAGCGGGCGUCCCCUAGCAAACCGACGCGCAAGCCCCAUCAGAAGAAGCAAAAGACCAGCCCGGCGCCGUCGGACGUCACGAUGCAGAAAGAACACACCGUCACCUCCCUCAACCAGCCGGGACAUCACGAAUCCGUGGAAUCGGCCGCUUCGUCGAGCGCCCCCGUUCUGGUGCCACACUUGAGCUACUUGAUAUCGAGCUUGAAGGCCUACUGGCCGUUCCGCAGCGAAAUAACCACGAGCAAUAAUCGCGAGGCGGCCGUGCUCGCGGGGGCGUUCGUCGGGGCUGGAAGUAAAGCAGCGGCGGAGGCGGCGGCGUCUACCAAGUACAAAUUGUCCAACGGGAAAGGCGAUCUGAUGUAUCAGAGCAUAGAUGACAGCUUCGACAAUCUCUAUCGCAACACGAUCAUCCCCGACAAGACUUUCGGCCCGGACGAGGAGCGGAUCUUCAUCGACGUCGAUCCCUACGACCUGGACGAGUCUAUGUUCGGGCUGCAGCAUGGCGACGACAACGUCGUCUCGACGCCUGGCGCGAAUGCAGAUAACAGGCUUACCGCGAAGCCCGAUAUCGAUUAUAUCGAGCAGUCCCUGAAAAAUGUGAAAAGGUAUUGGCAAGAGUCGAGAGAUGAGUCAGCGGACGGGUCGAGAAGUCAGUGGAGUACUACGCCCGAGAACCACGUUCGGAGCGGAAUCAUCUCUGCUGAGGCCGUCACGUCUCCGCGAAAUGCUGGGACGGACAUGUACCGCGUCGAGGACUUGAGCACGAAAAAGGAAUCGCCCGAGGAGGGGCGCAGUUUUGUCGGCGACGGCGAUAAGUCCAUCAAUCACGGUGCCUAUGGUAACGCGAGAGCCGAAGAUUCAUCGACCGUCACCAACACCGCGCCGACGGUCAAAAACUCGGAGGAGCACCGGCCGAGGAUACCGGAAUCAGCGCGUCGCGGUUUGGGCCGCGCUAACCGGACAAUUGAUUACAGCGACACGUUUGACGAAGAGUCGGAUAAGAGGAAAAAUGAGCGGCACAUGGAAAAUCAUACGGCUGAUUAUACAAUCGUACGAUAUCCGGCUACUAGGGACCUCGACAGCGGAGCGCGAAAGGACUCGACAUUGAUGGAUGAUCGAGGCUCGACCGUUGUUGUGGAGCCACCUGACGAAGAUGCGAGAAACUUAUCUCACGAUCAGGGAGAUCAUGCCGGCACCGUGGAGGAAGCCUCUUCGGUUAAUCUGAAAGAGCUCUCCAAAGAGGGUGAACAGUCAGCCGACGGAGAUAAGGCCGCAAACGUUUUGACCUCCACUGUAGUGGCGGAAGACAACACAAGCAAGGACCCCGCUGCAGAAUCGCUCGCCGUAUUAGCUGUGGACAGCACGGAAAGUCUGAUGUUCGAGUGGGUCACGACCGACUGGUCGAAGUGCUCUCAAACCUGCGGGGGAAGUGGGUUCCAGAUGCGAGGCGCACAGUGUACAGUUCGCACGGCGACCUUAGACGGCAAUUCCACACGCGUCUCGCCGAGUACGGUGAUCGGCGCGACGCUGUGCGAGGACGCCGGUCAUCCGAUGCCGCAGAAAGUGAGACCUUGCGGCAUAGGCAGAUGUCCUCAGUGGCAUACCACCGAAUGGACCCCGUGCGAGACGUCGAGGUGCUUCAAUUGGAAGACGGCCAUGCAGAAGCGGGACAUCAGUUGUCGCCUGGUGUCGGAGGACGAUCGGGAGAAUGUCACGUUGCUGGACCCGAGCAAGUGCGACGAAGCCACAAGGCCACUACAGAGGCAGGAGUGUUAUAACGAUGCUUGCAAGGGCGUCUGGCGGGUCGGCGAGUGGUCGGAGUGCACUGCGUCUUGCGAAGAAGACGGCAUCAAAUACAGGAUUCUACAGUGCGUCUGGUUUGGCACGAAGAAGCCGGCGGGUAACGCCUGCAGAGACAUACCACGACCGCCUGUGAUGAAAACCUGCAGGGGUUCGCCUUGUCCUCAAUCGCCGGAGGACUGCAAGGAUCACUCGCAACUGUGCAGCAGAGUGAAAAUAAUGAACAUGUGCAAGGUGCCGCUGUACAAGAAACAGUGCUGCGCAUCGUGUCGCUAGGUCCGGGAGAAUUGAUUGCGGACUGAUGUAUGAGGAUUAGACAAACGAUGAACAAUGACAUUGACGAUAAUGAUGAUGACAAUGAUGGCGAUAACGAUGGCGACGACGAUAAUGAUGACCAUGAGGAGUGCGCGCAAGACACAAGAAGUGUAAAUUACGAUUAGUCGGGGAAUUACUUAGUGACAUGUAAAACGCACUCGGGACGCCCGUUGUUAGUUAAAUUGUAACACGCGAAGGAAGCGUAUCACUAUCGAAUCAUGUUGCACGAUAUCCGGUUUAUAAAGGAUAUUCUUUGAGAGAGAAAAAGGAAGAGAGAGAGAAAGAAAAUCAGAGAGAAAGCGAGAGAGAGAGAGAGAG